AUGGAGAGCCCUAGAUACGCCGGAUUAUCUAGGCGAAUACGAACCGGACAGUCAGGUUUUGUAUGCAUUUCACCCAAAUCACCACCAAAACUCACCAAUUUGAAGACCAUAUUUGAGACUAUGUCUGAUCAUUUUACCGCAAGCCCGGCUGUGCAGGCUGCCCGUUGGAUCCUCACGGAGUCUGAGCGCCGUGAGCGCCUCGGCAAGCCGCGGAUUUCGUUACGUGAGGCUGCAGCCCGUUUUCGCUGUGGCAAGACUGCUGUCGGCACACAUCUGAAGUCGAUGAAGCUAUUCGGAAGACCGGCUUUCAGUACAAAGGCAGGGGGGCACCCAAGGAAUCUCGAUGAAAGUGAAGAUCGUGCGCUCGUUGCGUAUGUUAUGUGGCUUGAGAGAUGUGACUUCUCUGCAAACCAAGUCGUUAUAGAAGAUGCAGAAAAUGAAUUGAGGGCAUCACGAAGUCCUCCUGACCCUCCUGCUGGUCAGGGAUGGUACAAGCGCUUUGUUGCAGAUAAUCCGGAGCUACAGAAGAAGAAGUUAGUCAGGGCAUUAGAUCGUGAGAGGGCAGGGUUUGAAGCCGGUGAGAUUGCUGAAGUAGAGCAAUUUUAUACUGACCUUGGUGUUGUUAUCGAAGAAAGAGAUAUAUCGGCCUCAUAG